AUGGAAGAUAUCAACUUGGGACAGGCUCUUGGCGGGCUGCGUAUUGCGAACAACCCCGACUUUACCCCUCCAGACACACCUGUUCAGGCGCCACAGCAAGUAAGGGGCACCGAGCGGGAUCAGACACAGGAUAUGGAGCCGGCCGUAUCCUCCACCCGACUUGAUGCCAUAGGCGAUGCGACCGGGGACGGUCCUUCGCACCUCUCUUACCGAGAUCCCGAGUCACAUUCCGCUUUCUCAGGCUCGGCAUAUGGUAGGGGGGAGAGCCAACAACGGCCGUCCGAAAUGCACCGGGGUUAUUCGGAUUACACCGCCCAACGUCAGGCCCGCGGUGAAUCUGCCAUAAUCCCUGGACAGCCGAGUAUGCGCAAUUCGGUCGUCGGCGGUACCGGCGACGGGCUGUAUCGCGAACGGUCCGUUCGAAAUUCCACAGCGGGUGGGGUUUCACCCCACAUCGGGAGUAGUCGGUCCCACAGGCAGAGCCAAUCAGCAUAUGUUGAAAAUGCCCCCCCAAUGAGCAGCGAGGAAUGGAAAGAUAGGGGCGCCGCUGUUAGUAUCCAACGGCAUGUCGAUAGUAACGGCAACCAAACCCACCGUAUUGUAAAAAAAGGCGUUCAGGAUUUCAAUUUUGGGAGGACACUUGGCGAGGGCAGUUACAGCACUGUUCUUGCAGCCACAGACCGUCAAACAUUGACCGAGUACGCCAUAAAAGUCCUCGACAAGAGGCACAUCAUCAAAGAGAAAAAGGUUAAAUAUGUCAACAUCGAGAAGAAUACCUUGAACAGGCUUGGAGACCACCCGGGAAUCGUAAGGUUGUAUUAUACAUUCCAAGAUGAACGAAGCCUGUACUUUGUCCUUGACCUUGCUACUGGGGGUGAACUGCUUGGAUUUGUUAAAAAGCUUGGCUCAUUUGACGAAGAGUGUACUCGAUUUUAUGGAGCUCAAAUCCUGGAUGCAAUCGAGUACAUGCACUCCAAGGGUGUUAUCCAUAGGGACCUGAAGCCUGAGAACGUACUCUUGGACGACAAGAUGCACGUAAAAAUAACAGACUUCGGAACUGCUAAAAUUCUAGAUCUCCCUUCCCAAAACCGAACGAGCAACACUGACGGAAAAACCCAGCUUGACCGUCAGGAACAGGACUUUGCUAAUAAUAUCGGAAUACCCGACCAUGAAAGGGCGAACUCGUUUGUUGGUACGGCGGAGUACGUAUCGCCAGAGUUGCUGACGGACAAGUCAGCCUGCAAAGGAUCCGACCUGUGGGCUUUCGGCUGCAUAGUCUUCCAACUUCUUGCCGGACGACCUCCUUUUAAGGCUGGCAACGAGUACCAAACUUUCCAAAAAAUUGUUAACCUCGAGUAUCAAUUCCCUCCAGGAUUUCCAGGGGUAGCCCGUGACCUCGUCGAACGGCUUCUCGUCUUAGACCCCACAAAGCGCCUAACGAUCGAAAAUAUCAAAUCGCACCCUUUCUUUGAAGGAAUCGUUUGGGGGAAACAACUGUGGAAGCAGAAGGCCCCACGUUUGAAGUCAUACACCCCACCGACGGAACAGCCCAAACUCAUAAAGCUGGACUCGGCGCAAUCAACAUCCUCCUUCGCUCGGUCCUCAGGAAACCCCAGCACUAAUCAAUCUCAAUCAUCGGCAUCUUCACGACCUGUUCCCCCCAAGGUGAUUACAGAACUACCUCCUCCAACUCAGUUGGACCUUCAAUGGUCUCCCGUUUUGACAAAAACAAAUGAGAGGAUCCUAAAAGUUGGAAACAUGACAGUAACAUCCGCCCCCGCUCCACAAUCUUUCGGUACCCACGGAUCCGCCGGCGCCUUUGCGGAGCAGACCCCAAAGAAGUUCUCAAGGUUUUUCCACGGUAACCAGGUUAAAAAACGACAGAGACUCGUCAUUGUGACAACAGGUGGGAGAGUUAUAAUUGCAGGAAUUGGAGCUGCGGGGAGUGAUGCAAGUAAAGUUAAGACAGAAAUAGACUUGCUUGGCUUAGGGGUUGUGACUAGGAUUGCACCUCCGUCGACGGGUCAAAAGCCUGGAUCGGCCUUUGUGGUCGACACGAAAGACAAGUGCUUUACUUUUGAGGAUCCUAAAGAUCCUGCGAGUGAGUGGCUCGUUGCAAUCGAAAACUCCAGGGAUCUAGCUUCCGCACAGGCCAGCAACGAUGAUCAAAGCCACUCUCGUGGGAACAGCCCAGCGAAUACUUUGAACGGCACCUUGACUUUGGACAAGAGUAGUAGUUCCCGACAUACUAAACUCUCCGACGAGGAAAAAAGGCCUUCGAAAAGAUUCAGUAAGAGAAAUAGUAAGAAUGGGCUCGCCGCCGUCUUUUAG